AUGUUCCCUGGCCUGCACCAUCUCCGCCUGGGCGCCCGCCCCACACCCGGUGCCACGAGGGCAGGUGGCUCUGCCCGGGGGUACCUGUCCCAGGAGAACGAGCAGCGGUGCCGAGGGCUGCUGGAGGCCUCCACCAGAUGCUACCGGCAGGAGGCGGUGGCAGCGGCUGUGCUGGUGACACUGUGUUCUGUGGGCGGGUACCCUGCGCUGCUGUACACGCUGCGCUCCAGCACGCUGACGGGCCAUCACAAGGGAGAUGUCAGUUUCCCGGGCGGCAAGUGCGACAGCUCCGACCAGGAUGUGAUCGCCACAGCGCUGAGGGAGACGCAGGAAGAGCUGGGCCUGCGCUUGGGGGCUGAGAGCGUCUGGGGGGUCAUGAAACCCCUACCCACCGGGAGGGGACUGACUGUUGCUCCCGUCCUGGCACAUCUGGGCCCCUUGGAGUGUGUGUGUCUGAGCCCCAACCCACAGGAGGUUGAGGAUGUUUUCACCAUCCCCCUGUCUCACCUGCUGCAGGCCCAGAACCACGGUUACACCAACUUCUGCCACCAGGGCCGCUACAGCUACACGCUGCCCGUCUUCCUCAACGGCCGCUACCGGGUGUGGGGGCUGACGGCCAUCAUCACGGACCUCACGCUGGAGCUGCUGGCGCCCAGCGCCUACCGCCGGAGAACACGCACACCCAGCAGCCGCUGA